UUUUCACCGCGACUACAACUUUACUGCCGACAUUAAUGUGCUUAUUGUUUUUCUCCGCGUAUGCUACAUUGCUACCGCCGACUGUCCGACUAUUUUUUAUAAGUGAGUAUUAGUUAGCGUGUUUACCGUUGGAGUGCUUUGUCGUUUCGGCGUUACGCCGUCACGCGUCAAUUGCGUCAUUGGUUAGGUACGAUACUCACACACACUCACACUCACUAGUAGAGUAGUAACAGUAGUAAGCUAUUCGGCGGUUCGGCACUUCGAUAGUUCGAUUUCAGUCGACUUCAGUUCUCUGUAGUCAUUAUCCGCUGACGUACACGCUGUUUCGUCGACACUGUUCGCUUGUCGAUCGCCCGACGUUUUAUUGACGAUAUUCGUUUUUUCGAUUGUGUUUGUGUUAAGUGAAUUAACACAAAAAUGAGCGGUGACCCUUAUUCAGAACGUACAUUCAUCAUGGUCAAGCCUGAUGGUGUUCAACGCGGCCUGGUCGGCAAGAUAAUUAAGCGCUUUGAAGAAAAAGGAUUCAAAUUAGUCGCAAUGAAGUUUAUGUGGGCAUCUGAAGAAUUGUUAUCAAAACACUAUGCUGAUUUAUCAAGCAGGCCAUUUUUUCCCGGUCUUGUCAAAUACAUGGCUUCUGGACCAGUAGUACCAAUGGUAUGGGAAGGAUUGGAUGUUGUAAAAACUGGACGUUUCAUUCUUGGUGCAACUGACCCAAAAAAUUCAAACCCUGGUACAAUUAGGGGGGAUCUAUGUGUUCAAGUCGGCCGCAACAUAAUUCAUGGUUCGGAUGCUGUAGAAUCAGCCAACAAAGAAAUUGCUUUGUGGUUUUCAGAGAAUGAAGUAGUAUCAUGGUCAAGGUCCAGUGACUCUUGGUUGUAUGGCGAAAACUAAAAUAUAACUAUUGAUUUCUCGAGCUUUUAUAAACUAUUACAUGAUCAUUAGUCAUUAAUUAAAUUAGUU